GGUGCUUCCUCCACCUGACCCGAGCGGCUGCCUCCUCUGCCCUGCACGACCGGGCGCCGCUCCUCAUCUAACCCGGUGCGCCUCUUCCGCCUCCGCCUCUGCCUCCGGCACCGCCCAUCCCCCAACCCGCCUUCAUCAUCUCAUGACGAUUUGCCCCGUUUCGUACCGUACACCCACGCUGGUGAAUCCAUACGCCGCUGGCCCCGGCGCCGCCUCCCGACGCUCUGGCUCUCCCGACUGGGUCAUGCUGGAUAAAACAGCGUACAUCUCCGACCGCCGGAACGCGUCCACGGCUGAAUCCCAGACGAGCGAGGGCCAGAUCGUCCAGGUGUCCUUCUGACUCGUCGAUCCGCCGGGUUAUUCCUACUUCACCGUCCAUUGCCCGGGACUGAAGGGGGGGACGGCUUCUCCGACGAGCCCUCCGUUCUCGCCGCGGAAGGAUCCCUCGUUCUCUUCCGCGUCAAUUUGUCCCCGCGUCCCAGGAGGUCUGGCACCUACAUGAGCCCGUGCAACUACUUCGUCUACACCGCUGGCCCCGGGCGUCCAUGGCUCGACCUGCUUCCUGACCCCAAUGCCAUGCCCUUCAACUCCCAGCAAUUUGGCCUCUUCCCUUGCCGCAGCGGCGUCAGUGAGCACUAUGAUGUGGCCUUCCUCAAUUCUGAAUGGGUGGCCUCUGAUGAGGCUUGCCAGUUCGAGCUAUGCACCUUCUCAUCCAAGACCGGAAGGUGGAGCAGCAAACCAGUCUUGCUGGACUUGUCCCCGUCUGAGAUUCACAAGGUAGCGAUCGAGCAUGAGACCGACAAGCUGAUCACCAUUGGACACGAUUCGUUGGGUUUGGUCGAUCUCUGGCGUGGUAUUAUUCUGCUCGAAAAGCUGUUCGACGACUACCCGGUUAUGAGAUAUAUGACAUUCCCUAAGCCAGUGGUGUACACCAUAGAUGCGUACGGUGCAACUGUAUGCGGUGAAAUAGCCCCAGAGUGUGCUCGGGAUGUCGCCUGCUGCGAUGGUUUGAUCAAGUUUGUGGACAUAGAAUACUGCUACAGUGACGACGUCAAUGGUAAUGGUUGGAAAGCCACGAUAUGGAAUAGGAUGCUUUCUUGGAAAGAUUGGCGCAAGCGUUUCUCAGUUGACAAAUUUGACAUCUUGGUUGAUCCCAGUUACUCCACUGUUUUGCCCGAUCUAUGGGACGAUAAUACCAAAAUGAUGCAAUUGAAGAAACUGAUUUGUACUAUCCCCACUCUGAGCAUGUAUGACGACGAUUUUGUUUACAUGAUGUCCACGAUGACUGAAGAAGACAAAAAUGCCUGGAUCAUCUCUGUUGACAUGAAACAGAACACUCUGCAAGCUGUGGCCCCAAUUUCUGCUGAAAGGUUCUCCGUUCUCUGUUCAGAUUGUCGUCCCUGUGCAUUCUCCAAGUACCUCAAGAUUACCUCAGGGGUUGUCAUUCCCAAUCCUGUGGGCGAGUACACCAAGAGAAAUCAUCUUCAGGACCGUGUUCUGGAAGCGCUACGGACUCAAGACUCGUUGAAUGAACUUGACGAUUGCUCAGAAUUUGAGAGGUCAAACUUCGAGGAGUACAGGUCACUCGUUCAGUCCAGUCCAGUAUCAUCUCUGCAUUCCAAUAUUCAGAAUGUUGCUGGAUAUUAUGCUUCUAAUGAUAUUGAGAAAGCGGCCUCCAAAGCUGUGAAUAUUUGCUUACGAGCUUCGGAAGACCUGAAUCAGGUAUUACAAGAGUCAACCAGUUAUCCGUCAGCACAUGCUGAAGCCAUCAGGAGCAAAAUCAAUGUUGUCCUUAGAGCCAUAGGCAGCCUCGUGCAAACUGUGCCAGUGCAACCAAGAAUGACGACGGUUGCUGAUUCCCACGGCGUUUCGAAGAUUUAUAGCGAAGAAGAGAAAAACAACUCUCACGAACCAUAAACUGGAUAGUGGUAACACACUACACAGGCCCCACGUGGCGUAAGUAUGGGGCUGUUUGGAUAGCUUACCCACUUUGCCAUACUUAUUUGCAUGUGGUACACCAUAGUUUCUUGGCAACCAAAAAAGAGCCAUACGCCCAUACUUGUGACAAGCUUUUAUACUAACGAGUGCAUAACAUAUGGACCAUAAGAGUAGGAAAGUGUAUCAUAUGCCAUAUCUUUAGCUUCACUCAAACCCUCACACUAAAAAUUUAAACUUGUCUGAGUUUGAAUCAGCUUCUUGAGUUGAUUAUUA